CCCCGUGUCGCGCCUCCGCGCGACUCACGCCUCUCCCAGUCUCUCGGCACGACCUCGUGCCCCGCCCUCGCCCCUCGGCGCAAUUUAUGCCCCGCCCCGCGCCUCGCCACAUCCCCUGCCCCGCCCCCGCUUCUCCGGGCAACUCCUGCUCCAACCCCGGGCCCGACUCCUGGCCCUCCCCGCCCCUCGCCACGCCUCGCCUCGCCUUAGCGCUUCGCCGCGUCCCUGUCCUGCCUCUACUUCCGCCUCGGGGGAGCUGGGAGCCCGACGUUUCCGGGAGCGCCGCGUGGUUAGCGUCGGCGGCUUUUGGCAUGGCGACUUUUUCUGGCCCGGCUGGGCCAAUCCUGUCGCUUAAUCCGCAGGAAGAUGUCGAGUUUCAAAAGGAGGUGGCGCAGGUUCGCAAGCGCAUAACCCAGCGAAAAAAACAAGAACAACUUACUCCUGGAGUAGUCUAUGUGCGCCACCUACCUAACCUACUUGACGAAACCCAGAUCUUUUCAUAUUUCUCCCAGUUUGGCACUGUGACACGGUUCAGGCUGUCCAGAAGUAAAAGGACUGGAAAUAGCAAAGGCUAUGCAUUUGUGGAGUUUGAGUCUGAGGAUGUUGCCAAAAUAGUUGCUGAAACAAUGAACAACUACCUGUUUGGUGAAAGACUCCUGGAGUGUCAUUUUAUGCCACCUGAAAAAGUACAUAAAGAACUCUUUAAAGACUGGAAUAUUCCAUUUAAGCAGCCAUCAUAUCCAUCAGUGAAACGGUAUAAUCGGAAUCGGACACUAACACAAAAGCUACGGAUGGAGGAGCGAUUUAAAAAGAAAGAAAGAUUACUCAGGAAGAAAUUAGCUAAAAAAGGAAUUGAUUAUGAUUUUCCUUCUUUGAUUUUACAGAAAACGGAAAGUAUUUCAAAAACUAAUCAUCAGAUGUCUACAAAAGGCCAGGUUUUACGUAAGAAGAAGAAAAAAGUUUCAGGUACUCUUGACACUCCUGAGAAGACUGUGGAUAGCCAGGGCCCCACACCAGUUUGUACACCAACGUUUUUGGAGAGGCGAAAAUCUCAAGUGGCUGAACUGAAUGAUGAUGAUAAAGAUGAUGAAAUAGUUUUCAAACAGCCCAUAUCCUGUGUAAAAGAAGAAAUACAAGAGACUCAAACACCUACACAUUCACGGAAAAAAAGACGAAGAAGAAGCAAUCAGUGAUUUUCAAUGUAUUAUAUUUCUUUUGAAAAAUAUAUUUUUAUGAGAGUGGACUUUGUAUUUCACUAGGUACAAUGAAAUACAACCUUUGACAAGAUUUUCAGAGGAAAAAUACACUGUUUGGUCAAGUUAAGGAAAGCAGUGUGUAAUUUUGGAUUGCCUGCCCUUGGCUGAAAUACAGGGGUGCAUACCAGCUUGCAGUGGCUUGGCUGACAUUGCCUCUUUGUCCUGGCCUCUAGUUUUCUUUUGAUAUUUCAUAGCUCUCCUUAGUUUACUCUGCCUGGAUAGAAAGUUGACCACUAACUGCAGGUUUAAGUACUAAACUGCAGCCUUUUCUGUCGCCAGCAAUUAAAGACCACCAAUCUUGUUUGUCCACCUACAUGGUUUGUCGGGGACAUUUAACUCAUGGGGGUGCUUUAGAUUUCAACAUCAGAUGGUUGAAGCUGGAAGUUUAAUUAUAUGUAGAGUGAGAAGGCAGUUCCAGUGUUAGCACAGAUUUGUUUAUGUGUUCAGAUUUUAAUAGAGAUUCAAAAAUGACUCAUUUUUACCAAUAAUGUUAAAUUAGUUUUGGUUGUGCUAGCAUGAAUUGAUAACCACCAUUUUAUACCAGUAUCAUCAGUGAAGAAUUGCAUUUCAAGAUUCAAACAAUAACCAGCAAUUAAACUUUUUUUCUACAAUUUA